UUUUGCCAUGUCAUUCGUUCAUUCACACAACACAAGGACCUCUCUGUUUCGUCUUCCUCCCAUUACACCACUUCCGAUUCUCCUUCGCUUCCACAUCUAAGUCUCAUAAAGUUCAUUUGCUUAUCAUAAAGUCUCAUCUAGCAUCGAGCGAAUCAUCUUUCACGUUUCAAUCGAAUCCACGCGGUGUUUCUGGUUCAGCCUCGAGAUCGAACCGGAAACCGCCGUUGAAGAUCGAGCCGCCGAACAGAACCGAGUGGAUCCAAUUAGCAACCGCAAAUCCCCAGCCAGAGCAGCUUCCCGUACAUGUGUCCGCGGAAGAGAAGAUGCAUUACAGAGGAGUGAGGAUGAGGCCGUGGGUGAAAUUCGCGGCGGAGAUCCGAGAUCCGAACCGUCGGGGAACUAGGGUUUCGCUCGGGACGUUUGACACGAAGAUCGAAGCCGCUAGGGCUUACGACCAAGCAGCGUUUAAACUUCGAGGGUCUAAGGCCAUUGUGAAUUUCCCGCUUGAGGUAGGGACGUGGAAUCAACACGCUGACGUUGGACAGAACAAACGGAAGCGAGACGGAGAGGAAGAACAUACUUUUACGACAACCCGUUGCACCGGAGAAACCGUUCUCUCCAACCACCACCUUUCCCCGCCGAUCUCGCCGACGUCCAUCGCUCAUCUCGCGAGAAAGCAAACAAUCGGAUCUUUACUUUCUUACUCAACCUAUAUUAAGAGGCUUGAGGUCCGCCAAUUCAUAUAAUGAGAUUAAUAGCCA